UUGUAGAUGGUUCUGACCGUGAUAGGCUGAUUAUCAACGGAGUCGUGGCAGCGUGUAGAAUUUUGCGAUGCGUAUAUGUCUGACAGUUGUCAAAUAAGCAAAGAAAGGUUUGAAACAAGUAGCCAUGGACGGGAAUCAGGCACAACCGAGUGAAUCACAGUUCAUCUCGUUCCAAGAUUUUCCUUCAAUAAACCACGGAGGGAAUAAUGAUCAAGCGCAAUUACAUGUCCACACUUCUAGUCAUCAGGGUUUCAAUAACCUAUCAAAUGACUCAACGGGUAUCGGCAUUAUUGAGGACCUCCAAGAAAUGCCUGAUAAAAGCGAAGCCACAUCAUCACACAGUUUUUGGACGAUAGAAUAUUAUCAAAAGUUCUUUAAUGUGAAUACAGAUGAUGUUGUGCAGAGAAUAAAACGUUCUAUGGUUCCUCAUGAUAGUGAGAACUAUUUGAUAUCUCACAUACGACCCAAUCCAGAUCUUUAUGGACCAUUUUGGAUUUGCAUCACAUUGGUAUUCUCUAUAGCUGUUAGCGGGAACAUAGCUGAUUACUUACAAACAGCAAAUUCAAGCAAAUAUCAUUGGAGGUACGAUUUUCAUAUUGUAUCUCAUGCAGCUACCUGCAUAUUUUUAUAUGCAUGGUUGCUACCAAUUACACUGUGGGGUGCAUUAAAGUGGACCACAAGUGCAAGAAACACAGAAGAGGAAUUAAUCGAGUCAUAUGCAACCCCAGGCCUCUUAGAAAUCCUUUGUCUUUAUGGGUAUUCUUUAGCCAUCUAUAUUCCAGUAGCUUUUCUGUGGACCAUACAAAUUCAAUGGUUACAGUGGAGUUUAGUAAUUGUAGCAACAUUUCUGUCUGGAGGAGUUUUGCUAAGAUCUCUAUUGCCUGUUAUUGCAGGAAGAUAUAGAGUUAUAUAUGUAGCGGUAAUCCUUGGAUUGCAUGUCCUCCUGGCAGUGGGAUUCAGAUUGUAUUUCUUCCACAUGCCAAACAAGACGAGUGUUCCUUUAGGUCUUGUCGAAGCACAACAGUUAACUACCCAGGCUACUGUAAACAAAUUGAUGGUCCAGGAACAUUUGCCAAGCACAACAAUAGGUUAAGAUAACCAUUGUGUCUAUCUAAUAAGAUUAAUUACUCGUCUUCGUGCUGGUAGAAACAGUAUUUAUACUAUAUCUGUGAAACAAGAAAUAAAUGAGGAUAACCGAAAUUUUAUGAUACUCGAGGCACUAAUGUUUCUUAAGAAAGGAAUAUCAUUCAUGCGAUCCAUAUAUACAUAUAUAUAUAUAUUGAAUAAUCUAAUACAUAGAUCGCAUAUAUUGACCAUGCGUGUGUGACGGGAAAAUAUAGUAAGCCAAAAAAGUGUAUGGCUGAUUUAUUUUCACAACCCCCACAUUAAUGUAGGGACGCGUUACAUAUCAACGCAACACAUAUCAUUUACAAUCGUACGAAUCUUCAUGUACACAGUAGUCGUUAAUUAGUACUCGUAAUACAAUGGAUA